CUCUGUUUCUUCAACCGACUUAUAAUCACUCUCUCAAGAAAACAUGUCUCCGAACGUUCUCCGGUGGGUUAGCCUCGUCGCUCUUCUCUGGCUUCAAUCUCUCAACGGCACCAACUUGAGUUUCCCUGCUUACUCUUCACAGCUCAAAGAGUUCCUCUCAAUCUCUCAGUUUAAGCUCAACUACCUCUCUUUCGCCUCCGACGCCGGAAAAGUCCUCGGUUUCAUCUCCGGGAUCGCCGCUGUUCAUCUUCCUCUACCACUCGUCCUUCUCGCCGGAGGUUCUUUAGGUUUCGCCGGCUACGGUCUCCAGUAUCUCUGCAUCGUCAAAAAGAUGUUCCCCUUAUCGUUUUAUCAGAUCUGGGGCCUGAGUUUCUUGGCCGGAAACAGUAUCUGCUGGAUCAACACGGCUUGUUACAUCGUCGCCAUUAACAGUUUCCCGGUGAAUCGUCAAGUUGCCGUGGGGAUCACGGCCAGUUAUCAAGGUCUGAGCGGGAAAAUCUACACCGACAUAGUCCACACGUUCUUCUACUCGUCUCAACGCGAAGCCGCUUCGGGUUAUCUUUUGCUCAACUCUCUCGUUCCUUUGGUCGGUUGUCUCGUGACGGCUCCUAUGUUGACGAGGCAGGUGAAAACGACGUCGUCUUCGUCUUCUCGGGAUGUUAAAGUCGGGUUCGUGGUUUUGUUCGGCGUGACUAUAGCCACAGGGGUUUACGCGGUGGCUACGAGUCUUGUCCCGCUUCCUGCGGUUUUAGUACUCGUAGGCAUUGUUUUGUUUCUUCUUGCUCCUCUCUCUAUUCCUAUUGGAGUUAGGUUAGAAGAGUUUAUGUCCUCUAGAAGAAGUCAACAAAAGGUACAUGACUUGGAAGCUCCUAUUGAAGAAGAUCUAACGAAAGAAGAAGAAGAGUUUGAUGAGAAGGCAAUAGUAGGAGUUAAAGAAGAGGUCGAGUGGACAAAACUAUGGAAGAAACUCGAUUUUUGGAUCUAUUUUGGACUUUAUUUGUUCGGUCCAACGGUCGGGCUAGUGUUUAUGAACAAUCUUGGUCAGAUCGCUGAGUCUCGUGGCUGCACCGCGACCACUUCUUUGGUUGCUCUCUCGUCUUCUUUCGGGUUUUUCGGCCGCUUGCUUCCUUCGUUGCUCGACUACUUCUUCUCUAGGAACAAAUACAUGGCAUCAAGUCCGGUUUCUAUGGCGGUUUCACUGGUAGCCAUGGUUGCUUCGUUUCUCCUCCUCCUCAUUGACUCCGACAUUGCUCUCUACAUCAGCACGGCGAUGAUCGGCGUAUUCUCCGGAGCCUUGACUUCUCUCUCCGUCACAAUGACCGCAGAGCUUUUUGGGACAAAGCACUUUGGAGUCAACCACAACAUUGUUGUCGGAAGCAUUCCGAUUGGUUCUUUCACCUUCGGUUUAUUAGCCGCCAAAGGUUACCGCGACGGAGCAGCUAACUCCUUUGGUUCUGACGGCAAGUGUUUUGGGAUGCUUUGCUUUCAAACCACUUUGAUAUUUUGGGGAAUGCUCUGUUCCAUCGCUGCCGUUCUUGCAGCCGUUUUAUACGUACGCAACCGCAAGUUCUACUCGCAGAAGCCGUAGUAGAAGAAGAAGAAGACACCCAACAAAUUUUGAAGGAGAAAACGCAGCGUUUUCCGUCGGGUAUUCACGCAAGCUUUAACUUCACCAAAGGACGCAAUUUUUUUUGGGUACUUGGUACCAAACGAAAUAUUUUUUUGUAUAGUUGUGCGUUUUGCGUUAAACCGAUGGUGAGAAAGUAAAUGUUUUUGUAUAUUGUAGACAUGCAGUAAAAACUAGAUAUCUAGAGAUAUAAACAAAAGGUUGUAAAGAUCGAAACAUUUUUUAUAAAGAUCGAAUUCUUUUACAAA